UUUCUGAUCUUGUUGACGUCUAGAUCAGAUUUCCCGUCAUUGAGUUUCCGUUCCGAAACCCGCGAUGGACGAGGACGGGCUGCCGAUAGUGGGGUCGGGAGUGGACCUCACCAAGGUCCCCGCCAUCCAGCAGCGGCGAGUGGUGGCGCACCUCAACCAGUUUGUCGUCCACACGGUGCGGUUCCUCAACCGCUUCUCCACAGUGUGUGAGGAGAAACUCUCCAACAACUCUCUACGGAUACAGCAGAUUGAAACGACCCUCAGCAUUCUUGAGGCCAAGCUCUCCUCCAUCCCCGGGUUGGAUGAUGUCACCAUCGACUCAAUCAGCCAGCGACCGGCCGCCGCCGCCGAGACGAACGGACUGACAGCCAAUCAGAACCUGCAGCCCGGUGUCCCGGCCGCAGUGACAUCACUGCCACCACCGCAGGUGAGCGGGCCCGUCGCUGCCCCAGGAACGAAGCCUGACCCGGUGGCGGACAAUGUGGUGACGGUGGCCAGAGACCCCCGCUACGCCCGCUACCUAAAGAUGGUCCAAGUGGGGGUCCCGGUCAUGGCCAUCAAAGCCAAGAUGGUCCUGGAGGGUCUUGAGCCCGGCCUGCUGGACACGCCAGACGCCCCAGUGCCUGACGCAGGGCGGGGCCCCAGCGGGGGUCCGGGGGGCGACCGGGACGAGGAGGACGACGACGACAGCGGCGGCAGCGAGUCUUCCUUCAGCGACUGACUCCCCCCGCUGCUCCUCUGUGGGGAACCCCCGCAGAAACCACGUAGCGGGGCAGGAAGUGACAUCAGCGCCUGAGAGGAAGUCCCGAGGCACAUGGUCCGACAGCGAUGGCCUCUGGUCUGAUCGCCGUGGAAGCACACAGUAGCGGCUGGAGGACACCAAACGGCGACGGCGUCUGUUGCAGGUUGUUUAGCCAGUCCGACCCGCUGCUGCUGCAUACAUGUCUGACCACAGUUUGUUUUGUACUGGUGGUCAUUUUAUAAUAUCAAUGCCUUUUUAAAAUAAACUGUCCUCUAGCCACUUGCUUAUAGCAGGAGUCGCUGAUGCUUCAGUGAGUCCUUUCAUGUCAGCUCUCAUAAAUCGUCUUCCAUGUCGUGGGAAGAUGGUUUCAGAGGGUUGGUCUGUCUGGACCGAGGUCCAAGGACACAGGACCUCCUCAGCUGAACGUGAAACAUUUCCAGUGUGUGUAAAUAACUGGAAAGCCCUUUAUGUGUACAAAUAUUAACAUUCAUAAUGUGCGUAAUAAACUCUUGCAUAAU